AAGUACAAAUCCGUAUCUUCGCAUGUCAAGCCUCGUUAUCAACUAUUUUCAACCGUUUGCCAGGCGUUGUCUGGGAUGCCCGGUGACUUUUUGGCGUUUUUUAAUUUACCGGUGACUGUAUAACAGUGGUCUCGGAACUGUCACAUAGUCUAGGCUAUCAUAGGAGGCACAUUUGGUCUGUCAUGCAAUGGAGGCUCGGAUUUUUACCCUUUAUUUACUUACCAUCGUCUGCUUGUUUCACGUGUCUCUACAGGGACAGCACCAGCGCAGACUGUACAAGGACCUGAUGCGAAACUACAACCCUCUGGAGCGUCCCGUGUUCAAUGACUCCCACUCGCUCACCGUACACUUCAGCUUCAGCCUCAUGCAGAUCAUGGAUGUGGAUGAGAAGAACCAGGUCCUGACGACCAACAUCUGGUUACAGCUGUACUGGACUGACUACUACCUGCAGUGGAACACCACAGACUACCCUGGAGUUACCAAUGUCAGGUUCCCUGACACCCAGAUAUGGAGGCCUGACAUUCUCCUCUACAACAGCGCUGACGAGAGGUUUGACGCCACCUUCCACACCAACGUCCUAGUCAACUCCACUGGCUACUGCCAGUAUCUCCCCCCAGGAAUCUUCAAGAGCACAUGCUACAUCGACGUGCGCUGGUUUCCCUUUGAUGUCCAGCGCUGUGACCUCAAGUUUGGCUCGUGGACGUACGGGGGCUGGUCUUUAGACCUGCAGAUGAUAGAGGCGGAUGUGACUGGAUACAUUGCUAAUGGAGAGUGGGACCUUGUGGAGGUCCCCGGACGGCGGAACGAGCGUUUCUAUGACUGCUGUAAGGAGCCUUACCCUGACGUGACCUUCACGGUGGUGAUGCGUAGACGCACCCUCUACUACGGCCUCAACCUGCUCAUCCCCUGUGUCCUCAUCUCCACCCUGGCCCUGCUCGUUUUCCUGCUGCCCGCGGACUCUGGAGAGAAGAUCUCAUUGGGUAUCACUGUGCUGCUCUCUCUAACUGUCUUCAUGCUCUUGGUAGCCGAGAUCAUGCCGGCCACCUCGGACUCUGUUCCUCUCAUAGCCCAGUACUUUGCCACCACCAUGGUCAUCGUGGGCCUGUCCGUCAUCGCCACCGUCCUGGUCCUCCAGUACCACCAUCAUGACCCGGACGGAGCCAAAAUGCCAAAGUGGACACGCGUGGUGCUCCUGAACUGGUGCGCCUGGUUCCUGCGUAUGAAGCGGCCCGGCGAGGAGCGUGUGCGUCUGGCCUGCCACAACAAGCAUCCGCGCAACAGCCUCUCCAGUGUGGAGCUCAGUAUGAGCCAGGGGACCCUCCAGCCCACCAAUGGCAACAUGCUCUACAUUGGCUUCCGGGGCAUGGAGGGCAUGCACUACACCACCACCCCCGACUCUGGCGUCAUCUGCUCCAGGCUGGUGGGGGCAGGGGACGAGGAGGUGCUGCUACCCGGGGCCGGGCUGCCCAACUUGGGCAGCAUGGCAGGCGGCACCGGGGUGGGUGUGGCGAGCCCCGUGGACUCCGACAUAUCCAAGAUCCUGGAAGAGGUGCGCUACAUCGCCAAGCGCUUCCGGGGCCAGGACGAGGACGAGUCGCUGUGCAAUGAGUGGAAGUUUGCGGCGUCUGUGAUUGAUCGGCUGUGCCUGAUGGCGUUCUCUGUGUUCACCAUCCUCUGCACCAUCGGCAUCCUCAUGUCAGCGCCAAACUUCGUGGAGGCCAUCUCCAAAGACUUCUUCACCUGAGUGGGCUGUUUGUGUUGGAGGAUGAGAGGGAUGGGGUCACGUGUGUGUGUGUGUGUGUGUGUUUGUUUGUUUGUUUGUUUGUUUGUGUGGGGGGGGUGUACAUAUAUACACACACAAAAGCACACACACGUACAGUCUCACACACAAUCUCACAUACACACACACACACAUUCCCACUUGCACUCACAUGCAUUUAAUGUAUACUGUUUAUAUCCCAGACACAUCUUUACCUAUGACUUAUAUCAGCUGACUACCCCACUCUUCAGUAUUUUCACAUAUUUUUCACAUACGUUACUGUAUUUAGAGUGGCUAUUAUAAUGGCACAACUUAUAGCAAUACAAAUGUGUUCAUCAUAUGUGGUGUGAAUCUGUGAUCAAUUGAGGUCUUCAUCAACAAUGACUGUGUAUAUUAAGUAGCACUUAAUGUUCCAGAAAGCAGGAUCAUUGAGUUAACCAGCUAGCUUAACCAGUUAACCAGCUAGCUUGAAAUCCAUAUUUUUGAGAAAUAUACACUUGACAUUGGCAUAGUAUAUAUUAAUCAACAAUCAAAAACGCAUAUUCAAGCUGAGCUAAAUUAAGAGAUAUAUAUAUGAUUGUUAAUAUGUUAGCUAGAUAACUUAAGGAUUUAUUUGAUUUUAUCACAGGCUAUUGGAAGUAUACAUGGGUCAAAAUGUUUGUUCCAAAAAAGAUUGGUGUUUGUAAUGGUCAUUCGUGUACAGUACAUGUAAAAUUGAAAAAGUAGUUUCCCUUGUUUAUGCCUUUCAAAGGAAAUCUCUGUAACGUUCAUGCUGAGUUUCUCUCAAUCUAAAGCUCGUUUCAUAGAUUUGCUUGAGUGAAUUGAAAAGACUGCCCCAAUUGCAAAAUGUAGAUCAUUUCUGUUUUCUUUCCUUCUGCAUUAUAAGUUCAAUUCCCAAGAGAACAGCCAAUAAUAAUUGUAACAGUGUUUCUUGUGAUUUUUGUGCUAUUUAUUCUUUGUUUCACUGCUUUGUGCCACUGACCCAUUUGACAUGCAUGGAACCUAUGACAUUUGACGUAAGUGUUUGGACGAAAAGCGUACAAUGAGGGAGUUCAGGUGCAGUGGAGUGCAGUGAUCCCUGGUGUCACCCUGGAAUGAAGGACAAGUUCUGCUCGAAUACUUCAGGUGUGUAUUCACCAGGAUCCAAACGGGAAGGAUCUAACUAAAUGUGUCCAAUAGAAAUUCUUGUUUUUUUUGGAAACCUUUUUUCCAUUGCCAAACGUUUUGCAGCAGUUUGCUACGUUGUGCAGUAAUGAAUACACCCCCAGGUGAUAGCUCAAUCUGUUUGAAAAUGGUUUCAUACCUUCUGAAUAUGACCCUGGCUUGGGAUUUCCAUCGCCCUCUAUUCUCCUCAACUGUUCCUCUGUACUGUAACAGCUGUAUGGGAGCCUACCGCUCUUUCUGUCCACCUUUAUCAUUUAACCUUUAACCCUUAAACCUUUGUCAUUUAUGUGCACUUGCAUCCAUGCCCAGAAUACAUUUUGAUCCAUGCACAAAAAUAAAUGUAUUUUUCUAGAUGUGA